AUGUCCAACUCGCCGCUGUCCAAGAAACGUCGCUUGUCAGGAACAGAGACGAAGACGGGAUCCCACUGCUCAUCCUCAAACUCCGUCAGAACUGAUCAGUCCCACACCCCUGCCAACGGCAUGGCUAAGAAUGGCAAUGAUGCUGAGAUUGACGAAGGUCUGUACUCCAGACAACUUUACGUGUUGGGCCAUGCUGCCAUGAAGCGCAUGCAAAACUCCAAUGUCCUCAUCUCCGGUAUGCGAGGUCUUGGCGUGGAGAUUGCCAAGAACGUCAUUCUUGGGGGAGUUCGAAGUGUCACCGUGCACGACCAAGGUGUCGCAGAAUGGAGAGACCUUUCUUCUCAGUUUUAUAUUCGAGAGGCCGAUCUGGGGAAGAACAGAGCAGAAGUCAGUCAGCCCCGUCUGGCUGAACUCAACAACUACGUCCCCGUUGCGGCAUAUACGGGUGUGCUCACAGAAGACUUUCUGACCAAGUUUCAGGUUGUAGUACUGACCUGCUCCACGCUUGAUGAGCAGCAGAAAGUGGGAGAGUUCUGCCACAGCAAAGGCAUCAAGAUCAUUGUUGCGGACACUCGAGGCCUGUUUGGCCAGCUAUUUUGUGACUUUGGUGAGGAGAUGAUUGUGCAUGACACCAAUGGAGAACAGCCACUGAGUGCCAUGAUUUCCAUGAUCACAAAGGACAAUCCCGGUGUUGUGACUUGCUUGGAUGAGGCCCGGCAUGGUUUUGAAAGCGGAGACUUUGUAACCUUCUCAGAGGUUCAGGGAAUGACUGAGUUAAACGGCUGCCAGCCGGUCGAGAUCAAAGUUCUGGGUCCCUACACCUUCAGCAUUUGUGACACAGCAGGAUUUACAGAUUAUGUUCGGGGAGGAAUUGUGAGCCAGGUCAAGAUGCCCAAGAAAUUCACUUUUAAAUCCUUUUCCCCCUCCAUGGCUGAGCCAACGUUCAUAAUGACAGACUUUGGCAAGUUUGAGCGUCCUGCCCAAUUGCACGUGGGCUUUCAGGCCAUCCAUGCCUUCCACAAGAAAAACAACCGCCUGUCCGCACCAUGGAGCCAGGCUGAUGCUGAAGAGAUGUUGACGUUGGCCAAGGAGCUGAACGCCACGCAGUCUGGAUCGGCUAAAGUGGAGCAGCUCGAUGAGGCACUCAUCAAAAAGCUGAGCUACGUCUCUGCCGGCGACCUGGCUCCUGUCAACGCCUUCAUUGGCGGUCUGGCUGCACAGGAAGUUAUGAAGGCAUGCACGGGAAAAUUUAUGCCCGUUAUGCAGUGGUUGUACUUUGAUGCAUUGGAGUGCCUGGCGGAAGAGGAAGUAGUACUGACAGAGGAAGAAUGUGCUCCUAGGAAUAGUCGCUACGAUGGGCAGAUUGCAGUAUUUGGCACCAAGCUGCAGGAGUUGCUUGCCAAGCAGCGCUACUUCCUGGUUGGAGCUGGUGCUAUUGGAUGUGAGCUCUUAAAAAACUUUGCCAUGAUUGGCCUGGCUGGUGGCGAGGGCGAAGUCAUUGUGACAGAUAUGGACACCAUUGAGAAGUCCAACCUCAACAGGCAGUUCCUCUUCAGACAAUCAGAUGUCACGAAAAUGAAAAGCGACACGGCUGCGGCGGCAGUUAAACAGAUGAACCCGUCCAUCAAGAUCACGGGUCACCAGAACAGGGUGGGGCCCGACACAGAGAGAGUCUACGACGAUGACUUCUUUGAGAGCCUUGACGGCGUAGCCAACGCACUGGACAACGUCGAUGCUCGCUUGUAUAUGGAUCGGAGGUGCGUGUACUACCGUAAACCUUUACUGGAGUCCGGUACUCUGGGGACCAAAGGAAAUGUCCAGAUCGUUAUCCCCUUCCUUACGGAGUCGUAUAGCUCAAGCCAGGAUCCACCCGAGAAGUCCAUUCCCAUCUGUACCCUCAAGAAUUUCCCAAAUGCCAUUGAGCACACACUGCAAUGGGCCCGUGAUGAGUUUGAGGGGCUUUUCAAGCAGCCACCAGAGAACGCCAUCCAGUAUCUCUCUGAUCCCAAGUUCAUGGAGCGCACCCUGAAGCUUCCCGGAGGUCAGUCUGCCGAGUUGCUGGAGGCCGUUUACAAGAGUCUGGUGACAGACUGCCCCCACAAUUUUGCCGACUGUGUAGCCUGGGCACGCAACCACUGGCAGUGUCAAUACAGCAACAACAUCCGCCAGCUAUUGCACAACUUUCCCCCAGAUCAGCUAACUAGCUCAGGCGCCCCCUUCUGGUCCGGUCCAAAGAGGUGUCCUCACCCCCUAGAAUUCAGCACUAGCAACGAUCUGCACAUAGACUACGUGAUGGCCGCAGCCAACUUGUUUGCCCAGACGUACGGCAUAGAAAGCUGCAGAGAUCGUGCAACUGUGGUCAAGCUCUCGCAAGAGGUCAAGGUGCCUACGUUCACGCCACGCUCGGGGGUGAAAAUCCAUGUCUCGGAUCAGGAGCUGCAGAAUAGCAAUUCAUCAGUUGAUGACUCCAGACUCGAGGAGCUGAAGGUCUUGCUGCCUGCCCCCGAGUCUUCUCAGUUCAAACUCUGCGCCAUCGACUUUGAAAAGGAUGAUGACACGAACUUCCACAUGGACUUUAUAGUCGCAGCCUCCAACCUGAGAGCUGAGAAUUAUGACAUCCCCCCAACCGACAGACACAAUAGCAAACUUAUAGCUGGCAAGAUCAUCCCCGCCAUUGCCACAACCACAGCUGCCGUGGUGGGACUGGUGUGUCUCGAGCUCAUCAAGAUCGUCCAAGGGCAUAAAAAGUUGGAGUCAUUUAAGAACGGGUUCAUGAAUCUGUCGCUGCCGUUCUUUGGCUUCUCCGACCCCAUCGCCGCUCCCAGACAUAAGUACUAUGAAAUUGAGUGGACGUUAUGGGAUCGUUUUGAGGUGACGGGUUUGCAGCCCGGUGGAGAGGAGAUGACACUGCGGCAGUUUCUGGACUACUUCAAAAAUGAGCAUAAGUUGGAGAUCACCAUGCUUUCUCAGGGAGUGUCCAUGCUCUACUCAUUCUUCAUGCCUGCUGCCAAACUCAGAGAGAGACUUGAUCUGCCGAUGACUGAGAUUGUGACCAAGGUGUCGAAGAAGAAGUUAGGCAAGCACGUCAAAGCACUGGUGUUCGAGUUGUGCUGCAACGACGUGUCGGACGAAGACGUGGAAGUGCCCUACGUCAGAUACACUAUUCGCUGAGCUCCACAUUGGACCCACCUGAGGGAGGAUGGGGGUUACUGGAGGGAGAUGGCGUUUGUUAUGAGGGGUUGAGGUCAUUUUGCGGGCGGGGAACGAGGGUGGUUCAGGUCUUCUACAUAGGACAAAUUGAUCUUUUUUUUUUGUUUCCAAGGCCUGCGGUUUGUGUGAACCCGUGCCUCUGUGUACAUAGCCCCAUUGAGCUGACUCGCUGGUAGCGCGCACGAGGGAUCCACUUGUGCUCAGUGCUUUGAGACACGGCGGUCGCAUGGGGGCAGGAAACCUGUACAUAUGCCGGCCGGCCUGAUACUUUGCAAAGCCUCAGGGCUCAGUCGCAGCCUGAGUGACGUUACUUCGAACUCCAUUACAUGUCACGUGACUGUUUCCUUUUUUCAUGUCGCAUAGAAGUACCCCAACCACUAACCCCCAUAAAUAAAUAAAUGAUAAAUUUGUUCCAUUUGACUACCACCACUUCCCCUAAUUCUACAAUGAUGCCUAAUUUUGGAUUGUGGGAUGGCGAAAAGAUUGCGCUGCAAUUGCCUCGGAGCACACAAAGGUGACCCCUGCCUUCCCCGUCAAGUUGAAUUGAUAGCCGGGGGGGGGAGUUCAUGACACCUCACCUCAGUUAGCACUCAUUGCAGUGUGUUGAGUACUCUUGCACAUUGAUUCAGUUCUUUUUGUUUCAUGUCCUGGUUUUGGUUAUUUUAUUUUUCUGGGCUAAUUAGGGCUCACACAACUUGUAGAUGAUAACCGCUUCUCUCUACCGUGUAAACUCUUAAUGACAUUACAGUGUAAAAGCAAGGUCAUGUAUCUUGAUAUGGGAGCACUUAGCUUGAUAGUGAAUAAAUGUCAAAUCAUCA